AUGCACAACCUCUCUGCUCAGCCCUGGCAGACAAAGAUGGCCAACCUGACCUAUGACAACUUCACCCUGGGCAACCACUCUGAAGUGGCCCUGCAGCCUCCCACCAACUACAAGACAGUGGAGCUGGUUUUCAUCGCCACUGUCACUGGCUCACUCAGCCUUGUCACUGUGGUUGGGAACAUCCUGGUGAUGCUCUCCAUCAAGGUGAACCGCCAGCUCCAGACUGUCAACAACUAUUUCCUCUUCAGCCUGGCCUGUGCAGACCUCAUCAUCGGGGUCUUUUCCAUGAACCUCUACACGGUCUACAUCAUCAAAGGCUACUGGCCACUGGGGGCCGUGGUGUGUGACCUGUGGCUGGCUCUGGACUAUGUGGUGAGCAAUGCCUCUGUCAUGAACCUGCUCAUCAUCAGCUUUGACCGGUACUUCUGUGUCACCAAGCCCUUGACAUACCCGGCCAGGAGGACCACCAAGAUGGCAGGGCUAAUGAUUGCGGCCGCAUGGAUAUUGUCCUUCAUUCUCUGGGCUCCUGCCAUCUUGUUCUGGCAGUUCAUUGUGGGCAAGAGGACAGUCCCCGAGAGGGAGUGCUACAUCCAGUUCCUCUCCAACCCAGCGGUGACAUUUGGCACAGCCAUUGCUGCUUUCUACCUGCCUGUGGUCAUCAUGACAGUGCUGUACAUCCACAUCUCCCUGGCCAGCAGAAGCAGAGUAAGGAGGCACAAGCCUGAGAGCAGGAAAGACAGGAAAACCAAGUCCCUCAGAUUCCUCAAGGGCCCCGUGGUUAAACAGAACAACAAUAACUCUCCCAAGAGGGCUGUAGAAGUGAAGGAGGAGGUGAGGAAUGGGAAAGUGGAUGACCAGCCAUCUGCACAGACAGAGGCCACUGGCCAUCAGGAGGAGAAGGAGACAUCCAAUGAGUCCAGCACUGUCAGCAUGACCCAGACUACUAAAGACAAGCCCACAGCAGAAAUCUUGCCAGCAGGGCAAGGACAGAGUCCAGCCAACCCCCGGGUGAACACAACUUCUAAGUGGUCCAAGAUUAAGAUUGUCACCAAGCAGACUGGGACUGAAUGUGUCACCGCCAUUGAGAUUGUCCCAGCUAAGUCAGGUGCCUCUAACCACAACUCCCUGGCCAACAGCCGCCCAGUCAAUGUUGCCAGGAAGUUUGCCAGCAUUGCCAGAAGCCAAGUACGAAAGAAGCGCCAGAUGGCUGCCCGAGAGAAGAAAGUCACCCGAACCAUAUUUGCCAUCCUGCUGGCCUUCAUACUCACAUGGACGCCCUACAACGUGAUGGUCCUCAUUAACACUUUCUGUGAGACCUGCGUGCCCGAAACAGUGUGGUCCAUCGGCUACUGGCUCUGCUAUGUCAACAGCACCAUCAACCCAGCCUGCUAUGCCCUCUGCAAUGCCACUUUCAAGAAAACCUUCAAGCACCUUCUCAUGUGCCAGUACAGGAACAUUGGCACAGCCAGAUAAACUGGUACUCAGGGACCACUUCAGUAACAUUAUGGAAACCCUUCCCUUUGCCUCCUUUGCCAGCGGGGGUUCUUCUGCUCCCCACUCACAACAGUGCAGACUGUGCAGUGAGUGCAGAUGAUGCCCUUCAUCCAACGCUGACAAAAAUCCAAGGUGUCUCUGAGUUGCAGGUCCUUCCAGUCACCCUGGGCCUGGGGACUAGCUCGGGGACCCACCGGGAAAGCCAGAGGCAAGAGGAGAUGUGGUCACCAGGAGCCCUUCCCAGCUCCACGCUCUUGAGAUUGGCCAAAUGGCAUCAGUGUUUUUCCUAAGACUGGAUGUACCUUUUUCCCCAGCUGACCAUCUCCAAGGUAUCAGAGCUUGUCUGCAUGCAGAUGGGCUAAUGCUGGAUGCUUUCCAUUGGCUUCUAAAGUGUUUAUUACCCAAGAAAUGAAAAGAAACCAGGGUCAAACAUUUGCUAGGCAUCUUGGACCAGGCUGGCUCAGGCAUGCUAAUGGGGAGUCCUGCUGGCCCAGCCAGGCCCCCUGCGAAGGCAGUCAAGAUUGGACCCUAACAGAUGUGGCAAGAUGCUUCCUUUCCCUUGAGAGUGCCAUCGGACAUCCUCACCCAGGGACCUGGGGCAGAAUUUUUCCUUGGGCUCUGACUUUGCUCUCCCCUUCACACACUUUCUGCCCUCAGACAGUAAUUUGCUGAAAGACAGACAGACAAACCAAGCAUUUCACUCCUGGGUGAGGAGUGUGAAACCCAGUCGCCUCUGACAACAAUGGAAACUAAAACUGCAAAGAAAAGAAGUGGUGUGGUGCAGGACUUCGCUCCACAGCCCUGGGGAAAUGGGGGCCCUG